AUGGACGACCUAUUUGAUUAUGCGACAAAAAAGAAGACAAACGAAACUUGCAAUGGUGCCGACUACCUCCGACCCCGAAACGUAGACAUCACUGUCCAGCUGGGACUGUCGCUUGUGCUUGGCAUUUCAGCGUUUACCACCUUUUGUAUCUUGCGACCACGAUGGUCUUCCCUAUAUGCGGCGCGCAAACGGCGCCUCGACCCUACGAUCGGACUUCCUGCGUUGCCCGACACCUUCUUUGGAUGGAUUCCAGGACUGUUCAGGGUCACCGAGGAGCAAGUUCUGGCCUCGGCAGGCCUUGAUGCCUUUGUUUUCCUGUCCUUCUUCAAGAUGUCUAUUCGCCUGCUGUCGAUCAUGGCCUUCUUUGCCUAUGCCGUCCUCCUUCAGGUGAACCGACACUUCAUGAGCGAUUCUGGCCACCACGGCAAACACCCCAGCACUGCCAUGCUUCAUACCGUCUACGGCCAGGCCAGCCUCGACGGCGCCUUCGAACCAUCCCGCCAUGUUAGCGCCGUUGCAAAGAACAACGACAAGGCCCAUCUUUGGGCAUGGCUCGUCUUCACCUACUUUUUUACAGCCCUCACCAUCUACAUUGUGAAUAAAGAGACGUUCCGUGUCAUCCGUGUGCGCCAGGAGUACUUGGGCACGCAGUCUACCAUUACCGACCGCACGUUCAGGUUGACCGGGCUUCCUUCCAACCUCAAGGACGAGCAGAAGAUCAAGGAACUGAUCGAGGGCCUGGAGAUUGGCCAAGUCGAGACCGUCAGCCUGUGUCGCAACUGGAAGGAGCUGGACGGCCUUGUUGCGCAGCGCGAGGCCAUGCUGCGCAAACUUGAGGAGGCGUGGAGUGUGUACCUGGGGAAGCAGUCUGCUCUGCCAAAGUCAAUCCAACGCCUCAGGUCGAACCGGAUCGAAGACGAGGAGAACCAGGGAUCUGGCAGUGGCGACAGCGAUGAACAGGAAGACGCGGGCGAGAAUGGACGGCUGCUCAGCCACGAGGACAUUCGACCCGAACUGAUCGAGAGACAGCGACCCUCGUUGACGCUGCGGUACGGCCUCUUGGGUCUUCGCACCCGCAAGACGGAUGCGAUUGAUUACUACGAAGAGAAGCUCCGACGUCUCGACGACAAGAUUAUUGCCUCGCGCAAAAAGACCCCCGCUGCCGCGUCAACGGCGUUUGUGACCAUGGACUCGAUUGCGGCUUGUCAGAUGGCCAUCCAGGCCCGUAUCGACCCCCGACCCGGCCAACUACUCACAAAACCUGCACCGUCCCCGUCAGACGUCAUCUGGGCGAAUACGUACACGCCUAGGGGCGUCCGCCGGCUUCGCUCCUGGGUCAUUACGAUUUUUGUCACACUGCUGUCUCUCGUCUGGAUCGGCUCCGUCGCGUCCCUUGCCGGACUCCUGACCAUUUGCAACCUCAAGAAAUGGUUCCCGAAUGUUGUGGCAACGCUGGAUGACCUACCUGUGCUCCGCGCCCUGAUAGAGACAGGAUUGCCGACACUCCUCGUCUCGUUGCUCAACGUUGCGGUCCCGUACCUGUACGACUUUUUGUCGUACCAACAAGGCAUGAUCUCCAAGGGCGACGUUGAGCUAUCCAUCAUUUCAAAGAACUUCUUCUUUUCCUUCUUCAACAUUUUCAUAGUGUUCGCUAUUUCGAGCACCGCCAUCAAUAUCUUCCAGGUUGUGGGAAGGGUUCAAGACGGGCUUCGCGACACGGGAGCCUUUGCGCGCUUCAUAGCCGGACAGAUCAACGACCUCAGCUUUUUCUACACCAACUUCAUCAUGCUGCAGGGUCUUGGCCUGUUCCCAUUCCGCUUGCUAGAGGUCGGCAGCGUCUUGCUGUACCCGAUCUACCGCAUGGGCGCCAAGACGCCACGCGACUUCGCCCAGAUCAUGUCGCCGCCUGUUUUUAGCUACGGCUUCUACCUCCCGACGGCAUUGCUCGUUUUCAUCCUGUGCCUUGUGUACAGCGUUAUCCAAUAUGGCUACCUGGUUCUGACGGUUGGACUCGUCUACUUUACAUUUGGCUACUUCACCUACAAGUAUCAGCUUCUGUACGCCAUGGACCAGCCCCAGCAUGCGACCGGUGGUGCGUGGCGCAUCAUCUGCAACCGCGUGGUGCUGGGGUUGUUCGUCUUCCAGGUCGUUAUGAUCAGCGAGAUGGCCCUCGAGUCGGCCUUCAUCCAGUCGGUGCUGACGUUCCCUCUCAUUUUCUUAACCAUCUGGUACAAUUAUUACUUCAGCCGGCGCUUCGUCCCACUGACAUAUUUCAUCGCGCUUCGCUCGAUCGUGCCGGAAGCUGGCACCGGCGAGGAGGCUGUGGCUGACGACGAGGACUUUGACGGACCUAGACCGUCGCAUGGCCUGCUGAGGCGCGGCAGCACAAUUGACGAGGACAAGGAAAAGGGAAUGAAAUUUGUGAACCCGAGCCUCACCUAUCGUCUGGAGAACCCCUGGAUCUACCAGGACCCUCCCCCGACCCAGCCGUCCGAGGCGGGAAGCCAGGAGCGGCUCGUCGACGUCCAGGCCUCCCCUGACCAAGGCCUCAACCACGCCGGCACGUCAGAGAGCUCUCUGAGCCUGGGGGAUGCGCAUAUCUGGAGGGACAACAGCGAGAGCCGGGCGUGA